CGGAUGUUCUGUGUGAAGACAGGAACAACAAAGAGGGGAAAGCGACCGGGUUUUAAACCUACUUCAAAACAUAAACUCAAGGAAAAUAUCUACUGCUUAUAGCAGGGCAAAAGAAUUUGGUUUGCAUGUGAGGACAAGUGUCUGCCGAGCCAACAAUGGUGAACAAUGCAGAGGAUAUUGAAAACAAUAUGGACCAGCAGGAGUCCAGUGUGGCCCCUGAACCCACCCAGAAGCCUCCAGAGGCUGGGGUGACCAGAGCACGAUCCAGGGGAAGUUCAGGAGCUGAAGGAGGAGGAGGAGGCCAUGGGGGAGGUGGCAAUGGUAGUGGACCAGAGCAGAACGGACAGCCACCUGCCGCUCAUCCUCCGCGUGUGGUAGAGACUGACGAGGACGAGGACGAGGAAUUGACCUUGAAAUAUGGGGCCAAGCAUGUCAUCAUGCUGUUCGUUCCCGUCACCCUCUGCAUGGUGGUUGUCGUGGCAACCAUAAAGUCUGUCAGCUUCUACACCCAGAAUGACGGGCAGAGAUUGAUCUAUACACCAUUCCCUGAAGACACAGACACAGUAGCCCAGAGAGCCCUAAACUCCAUCCUGAACGCUACCAUCAUGAUCACUGUGAUCAUCGUUAUGACUUUGGUGCUGGUGCUGUUAUACAAGUACCGCUGCUACAAGGUGAUCCAAGGCUGGCUCUUCCUCUCCUCUCUCCUCCUGCUUUUCUUCUUCUCCUACAUCUACCUCAAAGAGGUUUUCAAGACCUACAAUGUGGCCAUGGACUACUUCACCCUGGCGAUAAUCAUUUGGAACUUUGGAGUGGUGGGCAUGAUGUGUAUUCACUGGAAAGGACCUCUGCGGCUUCAGCAGGCCUACCUCAUCAUGAUCAGCGCCCUCAUGGCCCUGGUUUUCAUCAAGUACCUGCCAGAGUGGACCGCCUGGCUUAUAUUAGCCGUCAUAUCUGUCUAUGAUCUGUUAGCGGUGCUCUGUCCAAAAGGGCCUCUGAGGAUCCUGGUGGAGACGGCUCAGGAGAGGAACGAACCCAUCUUUCCAGCUCUCAUCUACUCUUCUACAAUGGUGUGGCUCGUCAACAUGGCCGACACUGAUAGGCCAAAGAGGAACUCGACAGAAGCAGCUUCACCUCAACAAGAUACUCAAGAACCCGUGGCGUCUCCCGCUCCCUCCAGUCUUUCACAGGACAACGGAGGCUUCACCUGUUCUUGGGUCAACCAGCAGGAGCACCAGCUCGGACCGCUCCAGUCCACCGAGGAGACCAGGCGGGAGAUCCAGGAGAUGCCCUCGGCUCGUCCUCCCGUUGAAGAUGACGAUGAAGAGAGGGGCGUCAAGCUGGGGCUCGGAGACUUCAUCUUCUACAGCAUGCUGGUGGGAAAGGCCUCGGCCGCAGCCAGUGGUGACUGGAACACCACGCUUGCCUGCUUUGUAGCCAUCCUCAUUGGCCUGUGUCUGACCCUUCUCCUCCUCGCCAUCUUCAAGAAAGCGCUCCCCGCGCUGCCCAUCUCCAUUUUUUUCGGCCUGGUCUUCUACUUCGCCACUGACAACUUGGUACGGCCCUUCAUGGACAAGCUCGCGCUACACCAGUUCUACAUUUAGCAGGACGCUGCCCUGAUAACCCUCAACCACAUAGCUCUCUGGCCAACAAUGCAAGAGCAGUCCCUUAACAGCAGGGGAACAAAGGGUGAUGCAGGGGUCCCUCCUGCCCCCAUAUCCCUUCCUAGGAACUCAUGAUGUUGGGACACAAGUUGUUUUUUUUUUUUGUUUUUUUUUUUCUCUUUUUCCUGCCUUUCUUCCUGGCGCCAAGAGAGGGUAUUCCCCACAGCAGCUGUUCUUAAAUGUUUUAUUUCCAUUUUAACCCAAGAAGUGAUAUUUCUCGCUCAACUUGGGACCUCAUCUUCAAAUUUGUUGUCGAUCACCGGUCUCAGGCACAAUCUAACAAGUUAGUGAGAAUAUUUUACCUUUAUUUAUCCAGGGAAGCUUUACAAGAGCUCGUCUGCUCAUUUUUCAGCAGCGCCCUGAUUCACAUCCGCACACGUUCAUAUCUGGGAGCUGCCCAGUACAACCACGGUCUUCUACAACUGGGGCUUUGCAGUAGGUGCCUUGCUAAUGGACACCUUGGCGGUAGCUGUUGGGCAAAGGGAGACGGUUUGGUUGAAUCUCCCCCUCAAAGACUUGAAUCAAAAAAUCUUUCCUGUUGCAAGUCUGUUUUCAUGACUUAUGAGCUACCACCAGCCCCAAACAUAACCGAAGAUUCAAAAAGCCUUCAUCAAACUAAUGGACACACAAAUGAUGAAAUUGAUUAUAGAUUGGUAAAUGUGUAGUUUGAUUAUGUAUGAGCUGUCAGUCACCAGAGCGUGAUUUCCUCACAGCUGUUAAGAAUGGUUAAGACCUUUUUUGUUUGACUUUAGACACUCUGAUGCCAGAGCAAGUUACACCCAGAAAGAUUUACACUGAACAGGAUGUUUUGUACAUGUGGAUCUUUCACAUGUGGAAAAGUGGAAAAAUAUCAUUAAAAAAAAAUUAUCAAGAAUUUAAAAAUAUGAGUGUUUUUGUGACACUGACUGGCUGAUUUCGCCAUGUUUUCUGCCCUUAAUUUUACCUUAAAUCACAUUUGAAUUCACAGCCUGCGGGGGGGGGGGGGGUUCACACACACACACUCACACCUGUGACUUGCCUGCCAUUUUAGCCAUGUGCUGUCAGCCACUGAGCAGUUCUGCUGGAGCAGUUGGAGGUUCAGUGCCUUGCUCAAGGGCAUUUCAGUAGUAGUAGUAGUAGUUGUUGUUGUUGUUGUUGUUGAUAUUGUGGGACAGAAAUGUGCUUUUCAUUCUCUACCCUGACUGAGAUUAAAUGGUUUUGUUUUUGUUUUUUUUCUAACCUGUCCAGGGAUUGUAACCUGUGAUCAUCUGGUCACAAACUCUGAACCUUUAGGCUAUAGCUGCCCUCAUGAUGCUCGCCUGGUGCUGUCUUGAACUAUGCUACAUGAAACACUAAAAUGAUUUCGUCUAUUCACAGAUAUUGUUCUGUUUUUUCAAUAUAUGCAGAAGAAAAAACUUUGUACUUUUCGAAACAUGGGGGUAAAUGUUAAGAGGUUCCUAAACAGAUCAGGAAAAUCUGGGAAAGUGUGUCAACAAAACAAAAAAAACUCUUGACGGAAAUAAUGUGCAGGUAUUGAGUAAAAAACACUUGAGUCCUGGUAAGUGAGGGAGUUGUAGAUCUAUUUAAAUUUGAAUUUGUGAACAUUUUUGAAAAGCAUAAUCUCCAGUCAUCAAGCAUUGUUAGCUUAACUGAUGGUUUUAAUCAAGUUCAAAACAAACCAAAAAGUUUAAAUUAAGAUAAUAAAAAUAACGGUCUGGUAUGAAAAAUUGGCUUCUCAUAUGUGAGAUCAUGCUGAGUAGUAGAGAAAAGACGAUCUGCAUUGAUUGCUCCUCUUUUGUUGCACUCGAGUUUCAUGCUUGCAGAGAAAAGAAAAGAGGGAACGAUAUAACAAUAUUUGUUCUGAGACUGUUUAUUCUCCCCUUUUUGUUUUUAGGGAAUAUGUUGGGUGACUGGCUUUUUUUCUGUCCACAUGAAUAUGUGUGUUAUGCAAGGUUAUUCAAUUCA